CAUUGUAAAAUGAUAUCUCUUGUAUGUCGUCAGUCAUAUUGGUGUGUAUAGUGGGGGACCAUUUACAGCAUGUUUUAUAAAUACAACUGACUUUGUUUACAGUUUGGUUUGGUACUUGGAAAACGUCAGUAUUUCUGAAAAGCGGAUGUGCUACUCCAGUAGUAAAUGAAGUUUGCUCAAAGAGGGGAAGUGUACUACGGUCUCCCAAAAUAGAAAUGUAAUGUAAACACGACCUGGUGGAAUAGGAAAUGAGGACUACUUUAAAGAUACAAAUGAAUUAAGUGCCUUUCUAUUAUAAAUGUGGAGUUGAAUUAGUGCCUCUUAAAGUUAAAUGCGCAGUUGAAUUAAUCAAAUGCAUAGAUUGCCUGGAGUGUAAAAGGUCUAUGCAAUGAAUGUGCAAUAUGGAUGAAAACAAAGCAGUUGGAGAAUCUUCUGAUAUUUUAAGGGAUGAAGUAGAAUGUGAUGACGAAGCUGUGCAAGGAGUCAUAAGUGCACAGAGGGAGAAGAUAAUGACAAUGAGAAGAUUGAAGCGAGGCAUGUCCACAGAAAUUAAAGGUUUAAAUAAAGUGACUAUUACUAUGAAACGCCAGGCAUCUUUUGCGGAAGAGUUGCAGUAUCUUGAUGGUAGGCAAAAUGAGAAUAAAUUACCAAAACAGACAAUUACUAAACCUCCCAAUUCAUCAUCUGAAAUAAGAUCGACCUUGUUGAUAAAAAAUGUGAGCUUAAAACAGAAACCGUUGAAAGAAACCAAACAAUUUAGAUGCGAAGAUGAACAAAAAUCAUUAAUGGGUGUUGCAACACCAGACAUACAUCACAUUGUGGGCAAAUACAAACCAGGCCCAAAGAGUAAGAGAAAAUUGUUAAACGGAUGUGAUAAUGGUCCUAAAAUUAAGUCUUGUAGAAAAUCUUAUGAUAAAAGUUCAGAGUAUAUAACGUUACAGCAGUUGAUGGAUCAUUGUUUGCAUAGAUAUUACAGGCUAAAGGGUGCAAACUGGGAAUGUUCUUCGGAUGCAGCUCUAAAAUUGCUCACAAAAAAAUAUAACUCCUUAAAACUGUUGUUUAGUAGGACACUUGUGUUACAAUUAAAACGUGUGAAAUUGAAAAUACAUCCUGCAAUGCCACCUGUCAAGUUGCAAAAUGAGAGCAAAGGUUUAACACAUUGUAGUUCAUAUGAAUCUGAUGACAACAAAAUAUGUCAUUCUAGAACUCAAAUAAAAUCUGUGAAUCCUCUUGUUGAUCCAAGAGUAAUGUCAAUGUCCAAAGCACUGCAGAGCAGUAAUAGUGGAAAAGUUGGCAUAGAAAAGACUUUUAAAAGUGCGCCAACAUUAAAAAAGGUGAAAAAAGACAUAAAAACAAAGGAAACAGGAAGAAAAUCAUUAAUGUCAAGACCAGACUGGUCCAAAUUUAAAGAAAAGUUAAAGGAAGCAAAUUCUAGAUUGAUAUCAAAGAAAAAAGAUGGUUUAAUUAUUGGCAAAACACUUGGCAAUGCAUCAUUAUAUGCCAAUAAUACCUGCUCAGGUUUAACAAGUGCACCUUUUGUGCAAGCCAAACUACCUCAUUUUCGCAUUCCUAGAAAGGUUUUAGAAACUGACCCAAGUGAUUCAAAACUUACCAUAGAUUCAACUACAGAUAAACAAAAAGAGCAAGACACAUCAAAACAUGACAAUAUAUUUGAUAGAUUUAAGUGUGACAAUUUAGCAGAAAGUAAAUCUAAUGGAGGAAAGAAAACCAUAGAAAAUUUCGUAUUGGAUGGUUACACUAUUGAAAUAACCAGAGACAGUCCAGUUGAUGUAACCAUGCAAGAAGUAUCCGAUGAUGAUGAUGUUGCCCCUGAAACUGAUAUUGAGCACAAUGCAUCAUUACUUAGUGAGGAAAUUCAUAAAAACAUUAAACAUGAAACUUUAACUGUUGAAGAAAGUGAUGAAAAUGGAAUUGUAGACAUUGAAAAUGUAUCUGAUGAAGCACAUUCCACUGAAAGUGUGGAACAAACAUGUGUGGAAACCAGUAAGUCCAACUCUGGUAAUUGUAUGUCAGUGUCAAGUUUAAAUAUUGAGGGCAGAAAUGUUGUUGAAAUCGAGGAUGAGCAAAGCUCAUAUGAAAUAUCGGAAACUGACAAAGACAAAAGAAAUCCCACCAAAGAUGAUAUUAACACAACACUUCAAAAAAUGUUGCAUCACAUUGAGCACUUUGGAACUGAUGUGAAUGCGGUUGAUGAUAUUGUUUCUAGCGUGUUAGAUGGUGCUUUACAACAUGUUGAAGAUUAUUCUCAAUUUCAAAUUGUAGAAAAUCCUGAUUUGCAAUCAAAGGUAUCUUUGCAACAUCCAAGUAAAUUAGGAAAAGUCACUAAUCACAGUGAAAAUAGAUCUCAGAGAUGUAAAUGUUCUUAUCUACAUUUUGAUAAUCUAGAGCAACAAGGAAAUGACAACAAAGUUGUAAAAUGUCUUUGCGAAGUAAGUACUAGGGAAAACAAACAGAAAGAAUUUACAAGAUGCAAUGACAACACUGACUUUGUUAUAAAUAAUAAAAAUGAUCUACAUUUGAAGUGUCAACAAUGUGUGGAAGAUGAUAUUAUACUAGUUGAAGAAGUUUUUACUAAAAAGGAUUGCACAUGUAGAAAUAUAUCUGCCUUUAAAAGUGCAAAUAGCAACACAUUAACACCUAAUUUAUCCUCAUUAUCUGGACACAUGAACAAAAAACAACAACAUUGUUUUCUUUGUAAAGAUGCUGCUUACAAAAUCUCUGAAUAUACUAACAGUCCACGUGACAUUUCAAGAGAAAAAAGCAAUAAAUGUACUUGUGAGAAACAUAUUCCUUCACUUAAAGGAAUUAAACCAAAAUUUGUAAAUACUUUUGUUGAAAUGACGGAGACUGACUCAAGCGCAGCAAAGCUUGAAAUGGAUGCUAAACAAGUUAUAGUUGAGGACAGUGAAACAGAUGACGAAAUUGAAAGUGAUUGUAAUAGUGCAAAUGAGGUUUCAACGAAGCUUAUUAAUUUGAAUGAAAAGACAACUGCAAAAACUAAAACUUUUAGUAUGCCAACCAAAGAAGUAAACAAAUCUGCGAAGACACUUGAACCAACCUCAGCACCAACUUGCACCCAAUGCAAAGAUAAGGACGGCAAAGGCCAGCCUUACAGCGAUGUGUAUGUGAUGAGGAAGGGGGUAAGCAGGGAGCCAUUGACUUCAAGGCACAGAUGCAUUUGCAGGAGGGUGAGCCAGGAACCAUGGAUGCCAACAUUCAGAGGCUAAUGAAGGAGGGUAAGCCGGGAGCCAUGGAUUCCAGUGCACGAUUGCUAAUACGAGAGGAGGGUA